AUGGAUUACUACGAAUUGUUGGGCUUGGGGCAUUUAUCAGCGACGGAGGUCGGUCCAGACUUAUUGAAGAAAGCAUACCGAAAAGCGCUCCUUCUGUACCACCCGGACAAGACUGGUCGCGGAGAUCGCGACGAGGUCUUCAUCGAGGUGCAAAAGGCGUACGAAACGCUGAGCGACGGACGCAAAAAACGCGCGUACGAUUCGGAGAUGAAUUUCGACGAGAGCAUCCCGACGGGAAGGGAGAAGGGUGACUUUUUCAAGGUGUAUGGCCCUGUCUUUGACCGGAACGCCCGCUUCGCCGUGAAACGGCCGGUGCCAAAUCUAGGUCGGGAGGACAGCAAAAUCGAGGACGUGUACCGGUUCUACGACUACUGGGGUCGAUUUGAAAGUUGGCGGGAUUUCAGUUUGAAGGCGGCGGAGGAAAACGAUUUCCAUGUGGAGGCCGCCGGUUCCAGGGAAGAGAAACGAUGGAUGCAGAAGGAGAACGACAAGCUGGCGCGGGCCAUGAAAAAGGAGGAGUACAAGCGGUUGGCCACCCUGGUGGAGAGAGCACGGACGGCCGAUCCUCGUUUGAAGCGGGCGAAGGAGUUGGAGAAGGAGAAGAAGGAGGCGAUCAAAGCCGCCCGAACCGCGGCGGCGCGGGAACGGGAAGUGCAAAGGCGCAAAGAUGCGGAGGAAGAGACGAAGAAGAAGGAAGAGGAAGAAGCACGGUUGAAAGAGGAGAGAGCGCGGGCGAAGCUGGUUCGGGACCAAGCCAAGAAGAGGAUGCGUAGUGCCCGAAGUCGGUUUCGCGCCCUGUGCAGCCUGUUGCACCGCCAAGAGGAGGAGGCCGUGGGCGAAGAAACGGCGGGACGAAGGGUGGUGUCGGUCGAGGAGGAGGAUUUCAUGUUCGAGCACGUGGACGUGAUGGGGAUGGAGGAGGCGGUGGCGGCCUUGGAGGGGGUACCGUACGUCUACCAGGCGGAGCCGGACGGGCCAUCCCCCCCCCCGGCCCGGGUAUCGCCUGCAGGGGUGGCACGCGUCACCGCGAUCGUGGAGCGGGAGCGCCAAAAGAGACGGGAGGCGAAACGGGAGGAGGAAACAAGCAAGGCCGCGUCUGGACUCGCCCACGCGUCGGCUGAAAAGGACGGAGGAGAGGAGUCCUCCCCGAAGGAAGCGGCGUGGACCGAAGAGGAGCUCGGGGUGCUGGCCAAGGCAGUGGUGCGCUUCCCCGCGGGCACGCAAAAACGCUGGCAGUGCAUUGCCGACUAUUUGAACCACAUGGUCCGGGGCGCGUCUUUGCGGAGCAAGGAGGAAUGCAUCAAGCAGUACCAGGUCGUUCAGGCAGGGGUCAGUAAGAGCCGCGUGGUGGCAGCCACGGGGGGCGCCGGGGCGGGGGGUGGAAGCGAGGGAAGAAAGUCGGGGAAGACGGGGACGAGCAGGGGGGAGGACAAUGGAAAGGCCGUGGCAAGCGGGGAUGGGUGGAGUCAGGAGCAACAGAAGCAAUUGGAGGCCGGGCUCGUGACUUAUCCUGCCAGCAUGGAGAAGAACGAAAGGUGGAAGAGGAUAUCGGAGGGCGUGCAAGGCAAAAGCAAGAAGGAGUGUGCAGAACGCUACAAGGCACUGCGGGCGGCCGUGGCGAAAAAGAAAGAGGAAGCAGCCGGCGCGAAAACCCAGCCCCUCAAGUAG